AUUUCCCCUCUCUCUAUUUCUCCGCCAUCUACCAAAAUACAAUUUCCCUCCCAAAAUUGUCCGUACUCCCGCCCCAAAGCCUCACCGGCAGAGCUCUGUUCGACGGAGGGGAAAAUGGAAGAAGCACAAGGCGAGGUUGUUGCAACGGAGCAGAGCAAGAUGAAGAGUAGCAAGCAGCGGAGGAACGUCAUUGCUUUCACCGGCGGCGCGGCGGUUCUCGUCCUCGCUGCAAACUUGGCAAUCUACGCCUUCAGUUCCCACCGGAAGAGAAAGUCCGAUAAGAAAGGUCUUCAAGGCUCCAGCGUUCGAAUUAAUCUGUCUGCGUCGGAGAUUCUCAAAUUGGCUGAUCGAAUCGUCGCGAAGUCGAAGCAAGUUCACGAUGCAGUGGCUUCAGUGCCUCUUGACAAGGUCACGUAUGAAAACAGUAUCUCGCUGAUGGCGGAUUUGGAGGCGGAGCAAUUUGCUUUGAUUCAGUCUUGUCUAUUUCCUAAGUUUGUAUCUGAUUCCGAGGAUGUCCGGAAAGCAAGCGUUGAAGCAGAGCGGAGAAUCGAUGCACAUGUUCUGGCUUGCAGUAAAAGAGAAGACUUGUACCGAGUAGUUAAAGCUUUUUCGGUGAAGGGAGAUUGGACCAACCCGGAAGCUAAACAAUACAUUAAGUGCCUGAGCUUAGAAAAGGACGCGGGCAGAAAAUAUAAGAUUUAUAUGAGAAGCAAUCAUAUUGUUGCAGUGCUGGAACUUUGCAAGGUAGGACAAACAAGGAAGAGAGUUGCGGUGGCGUAUGGGAAGAGGUGUGGGCAGGUUGAACAGCGGCACAAAUAUGCUCGCUUACUUGGCUACUUGAACUUUGCAGAAUUUGCUCUUGAUCUUAGGAUGGCAAAGACAUCCGCAAAGGUAUUUGAUUUCUUGGAAGAUAUCUCUGGCAGUUUGACACAUUUGGCAACUAGGGAACUCUCCAUUCUGAAGGACAUAAAGAAGAAUGAGGACGGAGAUCUCCCAUUUGGAAUUGAGGAUCUAUUGUAUUAUAUCAAGAGGUCCGAGGCAAAGCACUUUGACCUAGACUUCAAAGCUCUAAAACAGUUCUUUCCUGUGGAUUUGGUACUAUCUGGCAUCUUCAAAGUAAUCCAAGAUCUCUUUGGAUUAAGAUUUGAGGAAAUUGGGAAUGUUGAGGUUUGGCAUCCAGAUGUUAGUGUCUUUUCAGCCUUUGACUUGACUUCUGGGGAAUUACUGGGGCAUUUGUAUCUUGAUCUGUACACAAGGGAAGGAAAAUAUGGUCAUACAUGUGUUUUGGCGCUUCAAAAUAGUGCAUUAUCACAGGAUGGGACUCGACAGGUAACUUAUAAGUCUGUAACCCUAACUCUCAAAAUUUGUAUUAGGAGCUUGUCUGAUUAUUCUGAUUCCGUAGUGUGCUUAGAAGUCUGUUUUUGUCUCCAGAUAGCUAUGGCAUUACUCAUAUCUCGUUUGCAGAAGGGAAAAGAAGGGAAUCCUUGUUUGUUGAGGUUUUCCGAAGUAGUUAGUCUCUUCCAUGAAUUCGGGCACGUGGUCCAAAAUAUCUGCAACCGCGCAUCAUAUACCAGGUUCUCUGGUAUGCGUGUUGAUCCUGAUUUUGUCGAGAUCCCUGCUCUGUUGAUGGAGAACUGGUGCUAUGAGAGCUCCAUAUUGAAGUUGAUAUCUGGGUUCCAUCAGGAUAUCACAAUGCCGAUCAAGGACGAAACUUGCAAGUCCCUGAAAAGAUGGCGGUACUCAUUUUCUUCUCUUAAAUUGAAGCAGGAGAUUCUUUAUUGUCUUUUUGAUCAAAUCGUACAUUCUGCUGAUAAUGUGGACAUUGUCGAGUUAUACAAGCAUCUUCAUCUAAAGGUCAUGUUAGGGCUGCCAAUGUUGGAAGGCACCAACCCAGCUUCGUGUUUCCCUCGUAGUGCCAUAGGUUAUGAAGCAGCGUGCUACAGUCGAAUAUGGAGCGAGGUGUUUGCAGCUGAUAUCUUCGCGUCCAAGUUUCGUGGCAAUCUCUUGAACCACCAAGUCGGCAUUCAGUUCCGGAACCAGGUAUUAGCCCCUGGAGGAGCGAAAGAGCCCAUUGAACUCUUAACCGAGUUUCUCGGCAGAGAACCCUCCGUUCAAGCCUUCAUAGACAGCCAAUCUCAACACUAAACGGGGAAAAAAAAUCGCCAGAAAAGUGAACGUUUUCCGGUUGACUAAUUCAGUCUACUCCAUCGUACGUUCUUUUAACCCCACUUUCGUAGUUCGUCCGUUGGGUUGGCGGGUUCCAUGUUCUAUCAUCAUUGUUCAGUUUCUUUUACCCUUCACAAACACGCUAGGUAUCAAAGGCGGAAAAGAAGAAGAAAAACAAAACGGAAAAUGAAGAAUCAUUUUUUCCCUUUUGUGGGGUCAAAAGAACAUGUUCUUAUUCUUCUUCCUGUUGUUGCUUUAAUUCAACUUCUCUUUCCUUCUGUUCUCAGUGUUUAGCUCGGUUAUAAACUUAAAUCUCAAAGGUAGAGUGCUUUAGCUGGCGAAAUCUCAUUCAUUUUCGAUCCAUCAAUUGAGAACGCGUAAGAGUGUCAUUGCAAUCAAGAACUCUUUCAUUACACGAUAGUCUUCCGUCUUCUAAAUGUUAUUGUCCAUUAUAAUUCAUAGAAGUUAGCGGUGUG